CAUCGAGAGCAAAAUCUGUCGUUUUCCUCUGAGAGAGAGAGAGAGCAGAUUCUAUAGACGAAAUUAAGACAAGGAGGUGAAUUUUAGAGUUUGUCAAUGGAGAAUUACGAGGUUCUUGAGCAAAUUGGAAAAGGUUCCUUUGGGUCAGCUCUUCUUGUGAGACAUAAACAUGAGAAGAAACUGUAUGUUUUGAAGAAAAUCCGGCUUGCUCGGCAGACUGGUAGGACUAGAAGAUCUGCUCAUCAAGAGAUGGAGUUGAUUUCAAAGAUACAUAAUCCAUUCAUCGUGGAAUAUAAAGAUUCUUGGGUUGAAAAGGGAUGCUAUGUGUGCAUUAUCAUAGGCUAUUGCAAAGGAGGAGACAUGGCGGAAGCGAUAAAGAAAACCAAUGGCGUACACUUCACUGAAGAGAAACUCUGCAAAUGGCUUGUUCAGCUCUUAUUGGCUCUUGAAUACUUGCAUGCCAAUCACAUUCUCCAUCGCGAUGUCAAGUGUUCGAACAUAUUCUUGACAAAGGAUCAGGAUAUACGCCUUGGCGAUUUUGGACUUGCCAAAGUCUUAACAUCAGAUGACCUCGCGUCUUCAGUGGUUGGAACACCAAGAUGUUGUAUGUAUGAGAUGACAGCUAUGAAACCUGCUUUCAAAGCUUUUGACAUGCAAGGGCUAAUAAACAGGAUUAACAGAUCAAUCGUUCCCCCACUUCCGGCGCAAUAUUCUGCUGCCUUCCGAGGUCUGGUCAAAAGUAUGCUCCGGAAAAAUCCAGAACUUAGACCAAGUGCUGCUGAACUUCUUAGACAACCGCUGCUUCAACCUUAUAUCCAGAAGAUUCAUUUGAAGGUGAAUGAUCCAGGAAGUAAUGUAUUGCCUGCGCAAUGGCCAGAAUCUGAAUCUGCCAGGAGAAACAGCUUUCCAGAGCAGAGAAGGCGUCCUGCUGGCAAAAGCCAUAGCUUUGGCCCAAGCAGGUUUAGGGGUAACCAGGAAGAUUCUGUUUCUUCCAUAAAAAAACCUGUGCCCGCAUUUCUGAAUCGUGAAAGGCAAGUGGACUUGUCUACAGAUGAAAGCGGUGAUGGAACGGUUGUUCGUAGAAAUUUAGAGGCUUCUAAGAGUUCUAGGUAUGUUCCAGUGAGAGCUUCGGCCUCACCUGUGAGACCGAGACAGCCUAGGAGUGACCUUGGUCAACUUCCUGUUUCAUCACAGCUUAAAAACCGAAAACCAGCUGCUUUGAUUCGUAGAGCCUCCAUGCCUAGCUCAAGAAAACCUGCAAAAGAAAUCAAAGACUCUCUGUACAUUUCGAAAACCAGUUUUCUCCGCCAGAUAAAUUCUCCUGAUGUGUCAAUGAACGCACCAAGAAUUGACAAGAUUGAGUUUCCGCUAGCGUCAUACGAGGAAGAGCCUUUUGUUCCGGUUGUGCGUGGUAAGAAGAAGAAAGCAUCGUCUAGAGGUUCCUACAGUCCACCUCCAGAGCCACCACUAGACUGCUCAAUCACAAAAGACAAAUUUACUCUUGAACCAGGCCAAAACAGAGAAGGAGCGAUUAUGAAGGCGGUGUAUGAAGAUGCAUAUCUGGAAGAUAGGAGUGAAUCAUCUGAUCAGAAUGCGACAGCUGGAGCAUCAAGCAGAGCUUCGUCGGGUGUAAGGAGACAAAGAUUUGAUCCUAGCUCUUACCAGCAACGGGCUGAGGCACUGGAGGGAUUGCUUGAAUUCAGUGCAAGGUUGCUUCAAGAUGAGAGGUACGAUGAGCUCAAUGUUUUAUUGAGACCCUUUGGUCCAGGCAAAGUCUCACCCAGAGAAACAGCGAUUUGGUUGUCCAAGAGCUUCAAGGAAACUACUACUAAUAAGCUGGAAGAUUGAGAGACGGAUUUCUAAUUCUAACCUGUUGUGACGUGAAAAUUUUCCACCUUUAACAGUUUCUCAAUCAGAUGUCAAGAAAAUUGUAUCAAAGUU